AUGACCAUCUUAAACUGUUUUACAAUUUUAAAAAUAAAAUUAAAGAAAAUUUUGAAACAAAAUCAUUUCAAAUUGAAAUGUUCAAUUUCAAAAGUGAAAUUUUAUAACUGGACACCUGUACAGUAGUUGUCAUUGCAAUAUCAUCAGCAUACAGUUAUUUGUUGUGGAGACACUGCAAGCACAAGUAUUUUAAUUUAAAAUACAAGGAAAUACAUUAGCCUCUCCCAUACCACUGUGUGAGAACUGUGGGCAGCUGUUAACUUUUAAUGGAAACUACUGCAAGUGCACUGUGCAAAAUGAUUGCAAGUAGGUGGAGCUUAACAUUAUUAUGUUUUCAUAAUUUGCAAAAGGAAAUUGAGCAACUCAGGCAAAUUCAUCUGACUGAAAGGACAUUUGUACAGUGAUUCACACAUUUAUAGGGAAAAAAGUAGUCAAAUUUGUGUUCACACAUUUAGCUGAUCACUUGAUGAUAGUUCUCCUCCAGUUGUGCUUAAAUUGUGUUCCUUAGAUCUGAAAUAUUUUAUUGUUUUCGCACUCUACAUACACUAGAUACGGAGUUUCCAAGGAAUUUGGUGUUGAUAUUUGUCAUGUCCAGGCUUGCAAAGCACUUGUCUUUCCAGUCAACUUCCCUCUGAGUGUAAAUGGCAAGGAAGUUUUUCCAUUGACACAACCUGCCAUGAGCAAACCACUGUCAACAGCGUUAUUGUUUAGGUGUUGUUAGCAGCCAAUAAUGAGUACUUUACAAUGUGUUAGUUAAGAUCCCUGGUGGCAGUAUUUACUGUGCUCUGUAGUCAUAUAACACUGUGCCUUUCAAUGAAGGGUUGCUAGUAGCACUACUGAUCAGUGCAUAACGCACACACAAACACACAUACACACACACACACAACUAACGGCAACAUUUAAACUAUGACUCAGAGCUGUCAAGCUUGGUCAAUUCAGUUAAAUGUUAUUUGAAAUUUAGUAUUCCUUGUCAAGGGAGCGGAGUCGGAGCCUAGAAAAUUUGCAGCACAAAUGUUUUUUGCAGAGCUUUUUUAAUGGAUGAUUAAUAUGUAUCUACAAAGGCAAUUUUAUAAGAAAGAGUGGAACUUUAGGGAAGAAGAUGGAGGUAAGAACAAUAACUAACAUGUAUUUACAUCAUUGAGGCUUCCAUGGCAAUGUGUGUUCUGCCUCAGCAGUGUCCACCGCACUCCUGGGACCUUAAAGAGAAUAGAAAAUAGACAGUGGUGGGCUGCUUUUCCAUAUACUCAAGUAAAUCUACUUACAUCACUAGGGUGCUUUAGUACCCACAUGGUUCCCCUCAAUCCCAUCUCCCAAGAGUGGUACAUCCCCUGAGGACUCUGCCUUAUGUAUAAGAGAGAGAUGGGAAGGAGGAAUUCCUGAGUCACCUGAAGUAGCUCAGAGGGGUGUCCUCAAUCCAAACCUGGGCCUGGUUGACUUCCAUCUCUGGCUCAAACACAAGAGAGAAGGAAGUUAUAAAUUCAGCUGCAAAACAACAGAAAAAAUAUUCAUUUAUUUAUUAAUUACUUUGUUUUACUAUAAAUAGCGUUGAGUAAUGGAUUAGAAAUCAAGAAAUGAAGAAAUUCAGCCCUAGUUCAUGGAUCCUCAGUAGUUUCUGCUCCCGCUGGACAGAGAUUCUCCUUGUCGUCUUUCAACAGGGAUCACGCUAUUCUUCACCUUCCCGCCACUUCCCUCCAGUCCCUCCUGCUCGUACACAGCCAUUUCCCUACCACUUACAGGUGGUGCCACAGGAGAAACCAGGCCUUCCCUCUAUGCAGGGUCCAGCCCAUGGGUCCUCCCGUGACACAGCUGUCUGACUCAAAUACUAACUGUGCUGCUUCACUGCUUCCCGGGGCCACUUCCUAUCAUGUCUGUCUCUUGUUAGGCCUUUCUCCUCAGCCUCUUGCCAUCAAUCCUCUGCUGAAACCCUCCUGGGUUUUGAUCCCACUUUCCUGUCAGGGGCACCACCUCCAGUCUCAGUUCAGAUGCCUGGUCAUUGGAGGGCACCACUGCUGUCACCAGAUCUCUCCCAGCCACUGCCCUGCCUGUCAGCUUUCUCCCUUGACUGACCAGCACAAUCUGCCUUUGUAUCUGGCUCCUUCUUCCCCACAGGCCUGGCUCCAGUCCCAAGGUCUGGGCGGCAAGUCAAACCUAGAUGGAAGCUGGUCCUGAGUUCUUCCUAAAGUCCUAACUUGUGCUGCGCACGUGGCUCAUGACUCAUGCACCACUGCAGAUAGCACCAGAUCACUCGUACCUGUUUCAAGUUGCAACAAUGAAAUUCUCUAAGGUAGACAAGGGUUAAAGUUCACAAAAGAAAGAUACUUAGUGUGAUGAGCUGACAACACCAGUUGACAACAGCACAAGGUUUAGGUAACCAAUACAUAUACACCAGACAAGAAUGUCACUGAAAACUGGAAGAGGGUGGGAAAUGGUUUUCCCAUAAUGUAAGAAUUUUUUGAGGUUUUGAAAUUUUUUCCCAUCCUGAAUUGGGAAAAAAAGGUCAAAAUCUUGAAUAUUUUGGUGGACUGAAAAAUCAUAAAAAAAAAUUCAAAUCGGGUCAAUUGAAACAUUUCAUUUCAACUGUGCCUUUUCUUCACAAUUGAAAAACAGAACUUUUCAACCAUUUAGAUUUUUUUCCCCAAAAAUAUUUCAAAGCAGGAAUUUUGUCAAACCAACCACUUUUGGUGAAAAGUUUCAGUUUUGACAAAUUGCCAUUUCCCCAUUAAUAUUCUAUCACAGGAAAGGAGGGGCGAGGGAAUGCUGUGAGGUGUGACAUGCAUCCUAGGUUUCUAUGGCGAUUUAGAAUGUAUGGAAUUUACAUUCUGGGGAUUGUUUCAAAAGCUGAGAGUUUAAACCUGAGGAGAAAAGAUUCUCAACCUUAAAAAAUAUACCAAGAUGUCGGUCUGAAAACAGGUUGAGCAGAAGAUUGAUCACUGUAUAGCUGAUGUGCAUGUCUUGGGAAAAAUCAGACCUGUGCAGACACUAAGGCUUUGUCUACACUGGCAAGUGAACGACACAACACCCCAAAAGACAAAAGUUUUGUUGAGGAAAAGCGUCGGUGUGAACAGAGCUUUGUCGGUAGGAAUGGGCUCCUGCUGACAAAGCAACCACCACUUUUUGGGGGUGGAAGUUUUUUAUCUGCAGGAGAGAGAGAUCUCCCACUGACAAACAGCGGCUACACUGUGCACCUUUUAGCGGCACGGCUGUAGUGCCGUGGCUGUGUUGCUAAAAGCGGCAUAGUGUAGAUAAAGCCUGAGUUGUGAUUAGGAAAAUUUCUUUCUUAUUUUAUUUUCUAAUGUUGUUACAUUCCAAGGGUAAAAUUUAAUGUCCGUCCCUGGAGGCCCCAUCCUGGGGAUUUCAGAGUGUGGAGUGGUAAAAUAGAUGUAGAGGAGCUUCUGCAGCAGGUUUGGGGGAAGGGCAGAGCACUGCCACCGAAGCAGCAAUAUCCCCUAAAUCAGCUAUCGACUGGGAUUUUGUGACCACCACAGAGAGAAGGGGCAGCAGAGCCUUCAAAAAAUAAGGCCCACACAAUGGCAUAUGACCAUGAUGGAGAAGACAUCCUGAAGCCUCUGAUCUUCCGUCUCCACGAGAGCGUUCCUGAAGCAGUCCGUGAGGUCUUACUGGAACGUGGUUGGAGUGAAUUUGAUGAACAAGAGCAAGAUGAAGCAGACUGGAAUCUGUACUGGCAGAACUCUCCUUUCCGUAUGACUGACCACCGAAGCAUUAAACCAUGGCAGAGGCUCAAUCACUAUCCAGAAACAGUGAGGAUCACAAGGAAAGACUAUCUGGCAAGGCAUCUGAAACGCAUGAAGGGAAUUUAUGGACCAUCUCUUUGUGAGUUUAGUCCAGUGGCAUUCAUCAUGCCUAAUGACUAUGUCAAGUUUAUAGCAGAGUACACCAAGGAGAGACAGUCACAGGGCAAAAAGCCAAGCUAUUGGAUUUGUAAGCCUGUAGAUUUGUCUCGUGGAAGGGGCAUACUCAUUUUCCAGGACAUUAAAGACUUUGUAUAUGAUUGCAUGGUCAUUGUGCAGAAGUACAUUAGUAACCCUUGGCUUAUUUCUGGGUACAAAUCAGAUCUCCGCCUCUAUGUCUGUGUCACCAGUUUUUGCCCCCUUACCAUUUACACUUACGAUGAAGGGCUGGUGAGGUUUGCCACUGAAAAGUUUGACCUCAGUUCUCUGGACAAUGUUUAUGCCCAUCUGACAAACACCAGCAUCAAUAAAUUUGGCGCCUCAUACAAAAAAAAUAAAGAAGGGAUUGGCCGUGGCUGCAAAUGGACUUUCAGCAAAUUUCGAUCUUACCUACGCAGCCAUGAGGUGGACGACCUGCUUCUGUGGCAGAGAAUAAACAACAUUGUAAUGCUGACCCUGCUUGCUAUAACCCCUUCUGUUCCAUUGACAUCCAAUUGCUUUGAGCUGUUUGGGUUCGACAUUCUGAUAGAUGACACAUUCAAACCAUGGCUUUUAGAAGUAAACUACAGCCCAGCCUUGCACCUAGACUGUUCCAUUGACACAACAGUGAAAAAAAGACUUCUCCAUGAUAUCAUUGAAUUGCUAAAUUAUAAGCAAACUGACACCUUGAGAGAAAACAAAGGGCCUGGCACUAAAACUUCAUAUGCUGGUAGAACACAUAUCCCCUUGAGGACACAGGGUGAAAAUGCAACAGAUGAUGCUCCCAAUAUCCUUGCUUCUAGGCAAGAGAGUGAAUGGACUGCCACUUCUGCAGUGCAGUCUCUCUUGGAGGUUGCAGGAGGUUCAUUUAAGAAGGAGGCCAUAGUGAUGGGGAAAAUGGCCAGAACACAUCCAAGGAAAACACUAACCUCGCAGCUCCGGGAAAAGAUGAACAGGCCGAAAACAUCUUCACAAUCAAAGGCGGCGUCUAAAAGCAAACAGCUGCCAGGCGCUAGGCACCCUGCACAUGCAUCUGUCCAAGUCACCCACUGGUUGCCUACCACUGAGUUAUGUAACUACAAAUUAACUAUUCCUCCAUAUUUUCUCUCCACUAAAGACAAAAGGCCCUUCCCUCGAGUAGGUGAUUUUGUCCUUAUAUUUCCUUUCAACGAUGCUGCGCUUGAAGCCUCAAGAAAUGGAAUAGAUGUAAAAAGCAUCGUACAAGAAAUACACAAGUUAAUGAACAAACAGUCGCCCCCAGGACAGCAGAAAGUAAAGAAGAGAAAAGAUUAUUUAACUUUUAGAUAACUCAGUGGAUGUUAGGCUAUAAGCUGCCACACAAUGAAAGAGGAAGACAAUAACCAGAUAUGAAUGGUGCUAUUGACACAUCUUAGCUGGUGGCUUAGUUUGAAGAUGGUGGGUAUGUGCAGAAGUCAUCUCAGAAAUAGGGAUCUUGCAAAACCACACACAAUUUGAAAAUGUCUCUUGUGAUUUAACAAUGACGCUAGGCAAUUAUUUUGUUAAAUAAAAGGAUGAAUUGCAUAAUUAAUUUAUACAGUAUUCUUCUCCCUCUGAAACAGUCCCAAAAUGAAAAUAUAAAGUUGUAUAUUCUUUCAAAAGCUUUUAAAAUGUCAAUCUUU